AUGGAAAAAACAGAGUGCGACCUAAUGUUCUCUCUCCCUUCCUCCCCACCUUGCCAUUCUUCUCCAUGCACCCAGCGCCGGUUCACCGAGGCCAUAGCGUGUCUGCGCCCGCAGCAGUGGUCUUCAUCUCCUCCUCACUUCCCCCCCUCCCUCCACUCCCCCCCCCUCCCUCCACUUCCCCACCUCCCUCCACUUCCCCCCACCCCCCUGUGCAGCCAGCGCCGGUUCAACGAGGCCAUAACGUGUCUGCGCCCGCAGCAGCGCUUCUCCCAGCUUCUGCACAAGAUGCAGAUCCUCGGCUGCGGCCCCCGCCCUGGGGGAGCGGGGGGAGCGGGGGGAGAGGGAGAAGCGGGGGGAGCAGCUGGAGUGGAGGGGGCGGGAGGAGCGGGGAAAGUGGGGCAAGCAGGAGAGAGCAAAGGGGGACCGGGGCAAGGGGAAGCGAGGCAAGGGGGAGUGGGUGAGGAGGGCAGUAAGCUAGCGCGUGCUGGCUCUAAGAGUGAGAUUGGCCGUGACGGUGACCCUCACUCUGUCUUCCAUUUCCCCACUUCCUCCCCUUCUCACUCCCCUUCUCACUCCCCCUCUAACUCUCCCUCUCACUCCCCGUCUCAUGCUCGCUCGCCCUCCCGCCCGCGCGCCUCAAGUGUGGAGGUCCCGAGGGAGGGGGAGGUGAUGGUGCCGGCAGCAGUGCCGGCAGCAGCGGCGGCGCGCUCCCCCGUGCUGCUGCUGAUUGGGGGAGGCGCGGGCGCUGGCAAGUCAACUGUUGUGAAAGAAAUCAUGAAACGCCCCUUUUGGGCGCGCAUGGCGCCACACGCGGUGGUGGUUGAUUCCGACGCGUUCAAAGAGAAGGACGCAAUCUUCCGCGCGCUCUCCGCUGACCGGCUGAACGACGCCGCCCGGAUCUCACAGCUCGUGCACGAGGAGUCGACCCGGGCGGCGCAGUCAACGCUGGUAACCGCGCUGAACAAUGGGAGAGACGUGAUAUUCGACGGGACCAAGUCGUGGGCCCCGUUUGUGCAGCAGACGAUUGCGAUGGCUAGACAGGUGCAUGAGAGACGGUUUCGCAUGGGGCCGGGGUAUCAAGUGAGAGAGGAUGGGAGUGUGGUGGAGCGGUAUUGGGAGGAGGUGGACGAGGAGGGGGAGAGUGAUAGAGGAGUGGAGGAGGGGAGAGAGAGAUGGGAGGAGGAGGGGAGGGCGAUAGAGGGUGGAGAGGGGGUGGGGAGCGAGAGAGGGGAUGGGGAGGAGGAGAGGAGGAGGGAUAAGCCAGGAAAGGAGGGUCAGCACCGGCCGAAGCGGCACAACAGUCCGAGGAGGGUACUGGGAUCGAGCAGGGGAAGCUAUUGCAGCAGCGAGACGGGGCAGGGGAAGGGGGGCAUGGAGGGGGCCCGGCAGGGAGGGGGGAUGUGCUGGGAGAGGAGGGGGCAGAGGGGAGGCAGUGAGCAGCGGCUGCCGUAUCGGAUCGAGCUGGUGGGCGUGAUGUGUGACGCGCACCUGGCUGUUGCUCGCGGCAUGCGGCGAGCCAUUUUGAGCAGGAGGGGAGUGCCGGUGCACAAGCAGCUGCAGUCGCACAGGCGGUUUGCCAGCAGCGUGGAGGCGUACUGUGACCUCGUUGACGUGGCUACUCUCUACUGCACCGACCACACGGGCGGGCCGCCACAGGUUAGUGGGAGUCAAUGA